AUGGAUACUCCUCUUCAUGACCUCUGCGACACUUCGGACCUUUUGCGGUGCUAUGAGCUAUGCAUUGCCUACGCAUUCAACGUGUGUGUAGAGCGUCUUCGCGGCGGGGCGGGGCGCCUCGUGUCCUCGGAGUCAGGGCGUUGUCUUUCCCGCGCCGCGCGGGGCAAAGAUCCUCAGCUGAGCCGGGGCAAAGAUCUCCCCGGAGCACCGCGCCGCUGCUCCGCGCGCGGUGGACUGGGACCGCCACAGGCGGCGCCCGCGCCGCUCCAAAACAUCGCGGUCCUGGGCGGUCCGAAGGGGCUGGGGACCUACUUGGCAGCCUUUGCACACAAUGAGAUGCAGAGAUAUUUGCCGAUGUCGAUGGAGUCCUGGGAUGAUCCGCCUCUGGCGGUGCCCAUGCCCACAGCGCCUGAAACCAGGCCACAGCCCUCCUUGCGCGUCACGCGCGAGGGAGCACGUGAGUCGAGCCCUGUGGGGCGGGACACCUACAUGAACUUCAGUGGCCAAUCUCACAAGCUGGAUGGUGGUUAA